AUGCACCGACAGAAAAAUACCACAGGCAUCGAUUUACAUAACGAUUAUAAGUUAAUUAAGCGCUUAAAUGCGCUGUUUAUCAGAACUGCCUUAAAGGUCGCGCGCCAAGAGAAAAUCGAAGGGUGUCUUCGACAUCUCGUCAGAACGGGACCUCCUCCGAGCAAACACAUUUCCGGAAUGUUGUAUAACGCAAAAGUAAAGGAAAGAUGGUACGGAGGAGGAAUAGUGUAUGCAGACGCGAGCCUAUAUCAAAAGUUCGCUUCCGUUGGGGCUCGCGAAAAAGGAGACGAUGACAUAGCUGCGUUAGAUAAAAAGAUGGAAUGUCAAUUUUAUGAUGCUGAAUACAAUCGAAUUAAUUAA